AUUAUACACAGUGCAAGCAUUUCUGCACUAAGUCGUGUACUUGCGCGCCACAGAAUAAGAAUGAAGCAAAUUUAUAGAGUUCCUUUCGAGAGAAACACAGAACGUGUAAAGCAACUGCGAUAUGACUAUGUGCAGAGAGUGAUGGAACUAGAAGCAGAUGCAAUGGGACAUGAGCUACUUUUUGUGGAUGAGGCCGGUUUUAACCUCAGUAAAACCAGGAGACGUGGCAGGAACAUUAUUGGACACCGUGCCAUUAUCAAUGUCCCAGGACAACGUGGUGGUAACAUAACCAUGUGUGCAGCUAUAAGCCAAAAUGGUGUUGUUCACCAUCAUGCAACCAUAGGCCCAUACAACACUGCACACAUUAUUGCAUUCCUGGACACCUUGCAUGACAUGCUCACUGUUCAGAGACCAGAGCAGACCCGAUAUGUCAUCAUAUGGGACAAUGUUAGUUUCCAUAGGGCUGCUUUGGUCCGCAACUGGUUUACAGACCACCCAUCCUUCAUGGCACUCAACCUCCCUCCAUACUCUCCAUUCUUAAAUCCCAUCGAGGAGUUCUUCUCUGCCUGGUGCUGGAAAGUGUACGACCGUCAUCCUCAUCAACAGGUAGCCCUUUUACAGGCAAUGGAGGAGGCAUGUGGAGAUAUUGACCAGGCAUCAUGUCAGGCCUGGAUACGGCAUUCAAGGAGAUAUUUUCCCCGGUGCCUUGGACUGGAGGAUAUCGCAUGCGAUGUGGACGAAAUUUUGUGGCCGGACCCAGAAAGACGACAUGAUGUAGGCUGAUUGUCUUUUUUUCCCCCUUUUUUUUGUGAAAUUCCUAUUUUGUGUUCUGACUUUGUCUUGGUUUUGAUGAGUGUGAAUAAACACCAAUACUUGAUGUUUGGAUCCUUGUAUGUUU